CUCCAGGAAGUGCGGGGGCUCUAGCCACCCGGGCGGCCGCGAUGCAUUCUGGGGAAGGAGCACCACCAAAUCCAAGAUGGCGGCCAGCAGGAGGCUGAUGAAGGAGCUUGAAGAAAUCCGCAAAUGUGGAAUGAAAAACUUCCGUAACAUCCAGGUUGAUGAAGCUAAUUUAUUGACUUGGCAAGGGCUUAUUGUUCCUGACAACCCUCCGUAUGAUAAGGGGGCCUUCAGAAUCGAAAUCAACUUUCCAGCAGAGUACCCAUUCAAACCACCGAAGAUCACAUUUAAAACAAAGAUCUAUCACCCGAACAUCGAUGAAAAGGGACAGGUCUGUCUCCCAGUAAUUAGUGCUGAAAACUGGAAGCCAGCAACCAAAACCGACCAAGGUGCAUGCAGAGUAUGGCUGAGGUCCCACCCGUCCCUAUGGGAAUAGUUCAUCUCAGCUGAACUUUUGACCCGCACAGGGAUUGAGGAGGUCCUGUGUUUCAGUGACUGAGAAAAGCCCUGGAAGGUGGAGUUGAAAGCCUUUCACAAGAAAAAUCAAGCCUCACUUGUAAAUAAUAACCAUUAGACUCCCACGCUGAGUAGAAGAAAGCAGUGGGUGCU